AUGUUCAAUAAAUAGCCUUUCUAUUUACAUACAUCAAGAUUUUAAAGACAAUCAUAAAGAGCAAAUGUUUUACCAUCAGUGGCUUAAUAUUUAUAGAAAGUUAGAACUCCUGAAAAAAACAUUCCAAAAUAAAAGGAAUCUCCAUCAUACAGAAUUAAAAGCAAUCCUAAAAUAAAUUAAUAAAGAUAAGCAUCAUCAUCAAGUCCAACAAGAGAAAAACCUUAACUUAAAUACAAUUCUUUUCAUUCUUAAUAAAUAAGACAAAAAAGAAAACUAUAAGAAAUGGUUAAUGAUUCUUAAGCUAUAUCGAGAAAAUAAAAAACAGAAACUGCAUUAGAAAAUUAAGUCUAAAGUCCUAAAAAAAAUGUUUUAUAGGAAUCUUAAGAGAUUAUGUUAAAAUUACAAAAAAAUGCAGCAGUUAGAAGAGUUAAAACUGAAGAAUGUGAUAGAGAAGAUCAUUUGAAUUCUAUUAGAGGAACAGUUUAAAGAUAAAAUAAAAAUUAAAAAUUUGAAAACUAGAACCUCUUAGAUUUAUUAUUGCUAUCUACAAUUGAAUUAAAACAUCAUUUUGAACAAACUAGAACAGCCAGAUAAAUUAUGCCAACUAAAGCUAAAGUGGCUAGAUUAAGCAUCAAACAAUUUCCAAAAGAUUUCUUUUGUUGA